UUUUAAACUGUUAAAAUUAAUCAAGUCAAAAAUGUUUGACGUAAAAGUGCCAUCUUUCGGAGAUGUUUAGUUAUUACUUUUGAGACCGAUUUUAACAAUGAAAAAUUUGACCAAUGUUUAUUUUUUUAAAAUACAUCCUCAAAAAAAUCUCUUCUUGAGAAACUGUAUCGCCAGAAACUUUGCCGGCGGUAAUUUCCAGGUCGUUUGUAACUGCGAUGGAUCUCCGUCACAUAACCUAACCUCAAACGAAAUUUUAAGGAAUCGAAAACUGGGCAUAAACGACAUCAAAAAACGAUUUUGUAGCUCUAAUAGUGGCCCCCCAAGCUCCAAACUUCCACCACUGAUGAAUUUUCCCGAAAUUGUUUGGCCUUCAUUAAUUAAAUCUAUAAGAAAUUUUAUAUUAGCUACUUUUAUUAUCAAACCAUAUCUGGAUCGCGAUUUUAAUAUACCUGAUUUUGUUAUGGGUUCUAAAAAGGCUUUAGAGGUUGUAUCAUCAAAAAUUUCUCAGGGAGAUGUAAAAAAUUUAGAAGGAUUAGUAACAGGCGAUGUUGUGCUAUCAUUACAAAAAUCCCUCCAGUACAUGUCGGUUUUCCAAAGAGAACAAAUCGCCAUCAAUAGUGAAGAUAUUUACUUUUCAUUUCCUUAUCAAGUAGGCAUAAUGUUCAAUGAACAAGAAGGACAAGAGCAGAAACGAUUCGUUGAAGUCACAAUGGUCUUUCACACUUUACGAGGUUUAGCUUCAAUGAGAGAACGAGGUGAAGAACCACCUUUAAACAUGGGCGUUAUGCCUGAAUAUCAAAAACGUAUUUCUAUUUGUAAUUAUCGAUUUAUCAGAGAAUACACAAAAGGAAAAGAAGGUGAUUGGACAAUUAACCUAUUGAAUCACUUUAAACCUAGUGAUCAAUUAGAAGAAUGACAUACUAUAAAGACUUAUUACAUUAUUUGUAAUCUAUUUAACAUCCAAUUGUGAUGAUUUAGUUUAUGUUUAAAUAAAUUUUUAAGAAAUCAA